AUGUCUCAUCUCCUUUUCUCACAAUCUCGUGCCCUUCCUUCCUCCUGCACCGCACCACGACGAGCCUUUCCUACCGUUGUCGCGCGAACAUUACCCUCUUCAACCCGAAAAUCCGCAACUCAGUACCGAGCAGCCAGCAAACCAGGCUGGACAGGGCACACCACGCACGACCAUGCCGUGAAUCGCAGCCGACACGACGCACACGACGUACAGGCUGAAGCUUCGCGACACGGAAUGGCUGAGUAUAAUAAGCACCACACUGAAGAGGAGCGGAGUGGUAGUGAUGCUAUUUCGCGCAAGGAUGAGAAACAGAGUAAUAGGCGGGCGAAGGAGGAGAAUCCCGAAGCCCCAGAGCCGGUUAUUGGGAUGAAUGAGGAGAGAGGGACGGCGCUUGAAUGCUCACCAGAAAAAGAGUGGGACGAUGUCUUGCUGACUUUGACGAGCUGA